AUGAACAGUUACCCGGCCAUGAAGCCCUGUGCCUUGGUGCUGCUGGUGGCCCUGCUGUGUGCAGAGACAGCCCAGGGUUUGCGCUGCUACCAAUGCCAGAACUACACCCACACGAAGACUUGUGAGCAGGUCACAUGCUCCUACCCUGGAGGGGACGGGAUCUGGGUCAGUCUAGAGGGAAACUUCACCGUGGAAUCUGACACUGUGAGACUGGAGAAUAAGGUCUGCCUUCCAGUCUGCCCCAAGAAGUCUGACUUAAGUAUGACAUUCGGUGGCCUCACCACCAAUUUCAAAAUUACUUGUUGCAAGAAGGAUCUCUGCAAUGUUGGAGUCCUAGUGGGGGGCAGUGCCUAGACCCUGGUGGGGGGGCUCCUGUUCAGCCUGGGGUUGAGCUUCCUCUGGGCCCCUCUGUUCCCGGGCCCCUCUUCUGUGCUAGCUGGACCAGGCUCCUACUUUGGGACCACAUUAACAACCCACAUUCCCUGA